CUAAAACUCUCCACAAAACCCAUUCUGACAAAAACAUUAGUACAAUUAACAAUGUGAUGAUCAAUAAUGGGAUACAUAGAGCAUAUGCUUUAUGACUAGUUAGUGGUUUUCCAAAAGUAUAAACAGAAUGCGAGCGUAUAAAAUCUACUUCCUGGUGAAAUCCUCUACAGUGAAAUCCAAUCUAAUAGUCUUAUAAAUCAUUGCGAAAUUUCGUAAAAAUAUGAUAAAUCGACCUUGUGUUAUCCCAAAAUAAUGAGGAUUAAGUGUCAGAUUUUUCUCAGUCAGCACGGUCACAUGCGUACCUAAUGGUGUACGAGCUAAAACUCAGUACCUCAAUAUAAAGCUUUCCGUUUCAUGAAAUGUCAAUUAGCUUCAGCAUGAUGUUAUCAAUCCCCUUUUUUCUAUUGUCCCUCUUCUGAAAGCACACGAACGGUUAUCCAUAAGUCAGUGACUAAAAACAGCAUUUAGCUAUUACAAACUUUAUAAAUGGGCACAAAUUCAUUCGAUGUAAGCUAAUUGCAAUAUCAGUUGUUUUAAAAAGCCUUGUGAUCGUUGCAAAUUCUGGUGUAUGACUCUUCGUUAUGAGCAAAUAUUUAGAAUAACAGGUGGUCAUUAUUUCGCAGUUACACAUAACUAGCAGUGUCACAUACUACAGUCCCGUUAAUCACAUGCCGACCAACAUCCUAUUUUUCAUGCAUUCAUCUUCAGAACAUAUUUAACUGACAAGAAUUUAACCCUUAAGUUCACCACCAACUCAACGUUGAAAAAUUAAAUGUUUAGAAAAUAACGCAGAUCUGAAUAAGGUAAGCACGAUCACAACUUUAAGCAUAGUACAAGUGACCUAAUCUUUAAAAUUCAAUUCGUGUGCAUUUAAGUACUUAGAACAGUACUAUAUGUUCAUGACCAGUAACUGCUCUGUUAUUCUAAUAUCUAUAUCAUUUAAGUCUGGUCCUGUUCAUGAGGUCAUUCGUAAGAACAGUUAAUGGUAAAUCUCUCUGCAGCCAAAAUUAUUUGGCACCCAAUACAACAAGUACGAAGCAGGCAAUCGUUAGUAAUGAUGACCAAUAUGAACAUCUCACAACCACACGCUUACAUAGGAUUGCCAUAAAAACACUUAUUCCAUUCACUUGCCCACCAGUCCCAGGAAGAAAAGGUAAAAGUGGGUUUAUAGAUUCUGUUUGGGACACGUCAACCCAAAAGAUAUUUCAAACUACAUUAGUAAAAGAAGUGGUAGGGUGCAAGAUAAAAAAUCUAAAGACUUGAUAAAUUUAAGGUCUUUGCACCAUACUUCAUUUAAACUGCUAAACACGUCAUUAUAGUUCUACAUCGUGAAAUGUACUUAUGUAUUUGUAUUAGCCCUUCUAUUAAUUGAAGUUUCUAGGGAUUUGUUAUCCCAGUAUUUCGUCGCUAAGCAUAUACAAUAAAAAUGGUCUUAAACAACUAGAUCAGAAUUCGUUUGUUAAUUGUAUGUGUCUGUUGGAGUUUAAGUAGGUCUUAAUCUGUAGAUAUUUGUUUCAGACCACCAGUAUAUCUUCAAUAUCAAUCCUCAUUUUAGUGACGAAUCUCUUUUGAAUGUAUGGUUCUGAAAAACUUUUGUCUUGUGGGUUGUACAGACCCAUGUAAUGAAGUUGUUCGAGUAAAGGAUGCAUCAGGACACUGGAAAACGUUUUACGUGCGCGAUAAGUUAGAUACUGGUGGAUUUAGCCAAAUAGAUCUCGUUUUUGACAAAGUGUCUAAAAGAUCAUUCGCUUUAAAACGUAUCCUAUGCCAUUCAAAGGAUGAUGAAAGUAAGGCUUUAAAAGAAGCUAAUUUCCAAUUGAAUCUCCCUGAUCAUCCCAACUUGCUUUCCUGUAUCGCGAGUGGCCUACAACAUGUCUCUAGACGUAAACAAGGAGCUAUUUCAGAAGUUCUUUUGGUGUUAUCUUAUAGCAAGCGAGGUACGUUGCAACGUGAAAUUGACCAUAGAUCUGCACGUAACGUUAUGUUCCCCCUGUACCUUAUAAAGACCAUGAUGAUUGGUAUUUGCGAUGGCCUUAUUGCUCUUCUUUCUUUUGAUAUUCCAAUGUCUCAUCGAGAUAUAAAGCCUGGGAAUGUUCUUUUGUUUGAAGAAAUGAGACCAGUUUUAAUGGAUUUUGGCUCUGCCACUCCCUCCAUUCUUCCUAUUGAGAGCAUUAGAGAUGCCGAAAAAUGGAAGGAGUUUGCUGAGGAAAACUGUUCACUAACUUAUCGGGCUCCAGAGUUGUUUAAUCCAAUAACUUACGAAACCAUAACCGAGAAAGCUGAUGUUUGGUCCCUAGGAUGUCUCUUUUAUGCUCUGAUUUUUUUCAAAUCCCCAAUGGAUUUCGUUCAUGCGCGGGGUGAUAGUGUUGCUCUUGCUGCUUGUUCAGCUAAUAUAUAUUUCCCAAUAGAUUCGUGUUCAAAAGUUCCACCAGAAUUGAUAAAGUUAAUGAAAGCAAUGCUGUCCGCUAAUCCUCAAGAUCGUCCCUCACUUACUCAAAUUGUGGAGUCCUUCAAAAACCUACAUGAAGAAAUCAUGUAUUGUAACAAUCAAAGUGCAAUAACUUAUUCUUUGUAA